GCCACCACAGGGGGCGCUAUGGCCAUGGAUGUGGCAGAAUACCAUCUAAGCGUCAUCAAGAGCCCCCCUGGUUGGGAGGUGGGUGUCUAUGCCGCAGGGGCCCUGGCACUGCUGGGAAUCGCAGCUGUGAGCCUAUGGAAGCUCUGGACGUCAGGAAGUUUCCCCAGCCCCUCCCCGUUCCCCAAUUACGACUACAGGUACCUUCAGCAGAAGUAUGGUGAGACCUACCCGGAGGCCAGGCCGAAGAGAGCUCCUGCCUGGAAUGCCCCACGGACCAGCACUCGGGGGCCGUCCAGUCGCAAAGGUAGCCUCAGCAUUGAGGACACCUUUGAGAGCAUCAGCGAACUGGGGCCGCUGGAGCUGAUGGGCCGGGAGCUGGACCUAGCCCCCUAUGGGACACUCCGGAAAUCCCAGUCGGCCGACUCCCUGAACUCCAUCUCCUCCGUGAGCAACACCUUUGGGCAGGACUUCACACUGGGCCAGGUGGAGGUGAGCAUGGAGUACGACGGUGCCUCCCACACCCUGCACGUGGCCGUGCUGCAGGGCAAGGACCUCCUGGAGCGUGAGGAGACCAGCUUCGAGUCCUGCUUCAUGCGUGUCAGCCUGCUGCCGGAUGAGCGGAUCGUGGGCAUUUCCCGGAUCCAGAGGAAUGCCUAUGCCAUCUUCUUUGAUGAGAAGUUCUCCAUCCCACUGGACCCCACAGCCCUGGAGGAGAAGAGCCUGCGGUUCUCCGUGUUUGGCAUUGAUGAGGACGAGAGGAACAUCAGCACGGGGGUGGUGGAGCUAAAGCUUUCUGUGCUGGACCUUCCACUGCAGCCCUUCAGUGGCUGGCUUUACUUACAGGACCAGAACAAAGCUGCUGAUGCGGUAGGAGAGAUCCUGCUGUCCCUUAGCUACCUGCCCACAGCUGAGCGCCUCACUGUGGUAGUGGUGAAGGCCAAGAAUCUCAUGUGGACCAGUGACAAGACCACAGCAGACCCCUUCGUCAAGGUGUACCUGCUGCAGGAUGGGAGGAAGAUGAGCAAAAAGAAGACAGCAGUGAAGAGAGAUGACCCCAACCCAGUGUUCAAUGAAGCCAUGAUCUUCUCAGUGCCAGCCAUUGUGCUCCAGGACCUGUCUCUCCGUGUGACAGUAGCUGAGAGCAGCAGUGAUGGCCGUGGGGACAACGUGGGCCAUGUCAUCAUUGGGCCAGCAGCCAGUGGCAUGGGUACCACACAUUGGAAUCAGAUGCUGGCCACAUUACGCAGGCCUGUGUCUAUGUGGCACCCUGUCCGGCGAAACUAGCAGCCAGGGCGGGCCAGGUGGGCAGCAGAGCCACUGGGGCCUGGCACAUACUCAACUCUGUCCAAAGCCCUCUUCAUAGCCCAGCGGGAGCUGUGAACACUGGGGUUUCUGGGUGGAGUCCCCAUCAGUCUUCUUGGACCCUCUGUCCAGACUACAGUGGAGGAGCAGAUGUACUUCUGUAUCUAGGAAGCCAAGGUUUUCUACUGAGGACCAGCUCUGGCUGGGCCAGGACCCAUGGAGGGCAGCAGAUGCUGGCCAGUUGUAUACCAUCUGGAGGUCCUCACAGGGUUCAUCCCUUGACCUGCAGGGAGACUUGGGCUCUCAGAGCUAGCAAGCUCCCCCAUCCCACUCCUCCUAGGAAGCCAGCUGCCAGGCUGGGCCAUGCACAAGAACAGGCAAUUCUUGGGCCAGCACUGUGUUUGGCACUGGCAGGGCUCUCAGGAAUAAAAUGAAGCCCCCAGGUCACCAGGAAGUCAGGACUCUAUCGCCCAGGGGAUCUGCUCAGUGCCAAAAGACAGCUAGCAUGUGGACUCAGGGUAGGAUCUGAGAGCUGGGGGACAUGGAGGGCCCCACAGACAGGAAGGAGCUGUGCUCUUCAGGAUAGGGAGGCAGGGACACAGGUCAAGUAGUGGCAGAAAUGUGAACUUUUGAACUUCCUGACGUAAGCAUAGUCCUCAGCUCACUCCAUUGAAGACAAGAGCCUCUCUCUGGGCUGAAGAAGAGACCAAGAGACCAGACUCGAGCAGAAGACUGUAGGCCAGAUUGUGGCUCCAGGGUUACUGUCCAUGAAAUCUGUUCCUGGAACAUCAACCAUCACAAGAACCAGAAUCGCAGAGGCCCAGAGCAAGGUCCUUGUGCAGGGUCUGUGCAAAAUCAGCCCCUUCUCUGGUGGGAACCCCUAGGACACUGAGCAUCCUGGGUCAAGUUUCCUAAAACGGUGACUUCAGUAGAUGUUCAGCCUCAGCCUGAAGGCAAUGGGGAGCUCUAGAGGGGAGAAUGUGCACCCCAGGGGUGCUUCUGCCCAGAAGUACAGGAGCUGAGCUACUACAUCAGUCUUUGGCUUCUGGCCCUGCUCCGGGUAAAGUGAGGGUGUCACACCCCUGCAGGUGUCACCAAAUGAGGAGCAGCUGUCACAUACCAAAAGCAGACCCAGAGAAGCAGCAGCUUUCUGCUCUUUACUGAGAGGGGUGGAGCACCUUCAGGGUUAAAGAGAUGGAGGGGUAGGGGUGGGAUGUACAACAACAGCGUCUGCUCUGCGGGGCCACUACCCACAGGUAAGAGGGCGACUCUCAGGCUGGCUCCCCUUAUUCCUUAGCCAUGGUGAGCUGUGGAGCCUCGGGCCCAACCAGCUGUCACCAAUGACUUGGGAGAGAUAGCUUGAGCAGGUGUCCAGAAGGGUUAUGGGACUGAACCAGGACUCCCUGACACCAGAAAGUCAGCACAGGGAUACACAUGGCUCUCAGCCCUUGCUGCCCAGGAGACCCCAGACCCUUUUGAACCUUGGGGCUGUGUAAGGCAGGCUGUGUCCUCCCACCUUCUCUUCCCUCAUUCCCUCCCCCUAACUGCAUGAAAUGGUGACCAUGGAGCCCGGGUGGCCAUGGUGGGGACUGUGAAUGCUGACUGGAAUGAUUCUAGAACCAAAAUAAAGCUGGGGCAAGAAGGGGG